UCCCGCCCCUUUUCCAAUGACGCCAACGGCGCUGUGUUGUGAGUCUGCUGGUAGCAAAACCUCACAUUACUUACUGCACAUUACAGUUCAUUAUUUAAAUCAAGCGUUCGUGAUCUGAAGAAGGGCUGUACAUUACGGAAUAUCAUGUCAGACACGGAGACCAAGCCCUCAAGUGAUGGAGGUGAGAAGAAAGAUGGAGAAUAUAUUAAACUGAAAGUGAUCGGUCAGGACAACAGUGAAAUUCACUUCAAAGUGAAGAUGACGACACAUUUAAAGAAGCUGAAGGAGUCCUACAGUCAGAGACAGGGUGUACCCAUGAACUCUCUAAGGUUUCUUUUUGAGGGACAGAGAAUUGCAGACAACCAGACCCCCAAAGAGAUAGAAGCUAGCCAAAUUAUGCAGAUGCCAACAUGGACAGCUGGGAAUGGAAGAUGAGGAUGUGAUCGAGGUGUAUCAGGAACAGACCGGUGGCUGUCGGAAUGACUAGACCUUUAUUUUCAUGCUCUUUAUUUUUAUCUUAAUUUUGUAUGUAUGACAUGUAUUUCAUCUGUUUCCUUUUGCUGUCACCUCAAAGGGAAGCAGAAAAACCAUCUGGAUCAAAUAGAUAAUCGGUCAGGGCUGCUGUGUUUGAAGGAGUUGGGUGGAACUACAAUAGAAAAUGUUUUUCUAGCCAUGUCCCACGUUCACUAUCCUCUGUCUGUUUCUUCGCUAACUCAUCCCUGCCUUCAUACGCUUUUUUUUUUUUAAAGGAUUCUGGUCACGUUCUGCAAUGUUGUGUUGUGCCCUGAGCUGAUUGAGAACGGUCUGUUUAUCUGUUCAGUACCUGUAACCUAACCUUUAGAUUAUGCUGUUAAAUUCUAUCAACAAAUCAAGACGAAUUUUGGAUGCCACCUUUGGUGUUCUUGCAUUGUUAUUGCAUUUAUAAGUAAUUAAGGCAUUGUUCGUUUAGUUGGCCAUUAUUACGUGUUCUGUCAAUCCUUAGCUUUCGUUAGACACUUUUUACACAUUUAGUUGUUUUUGUCUCAUUUUAUGCUAGUGAACACACCUGCCAUAAUGUAAUAGAAACCCUUUGAGUAUUUUACAUUCUGGGAUGCUUAUUUAUAUGCAGUUGUUGACUGAUAUUAGAAAAGUAUCAAAUGUUUCUUCAUUCUUCUUGCAUGUGUCUGCAACAACUGUGUACAGUUGUACGGUAUAUAGGCACACUAUGAAUCACAAGAGGGAGGUCAUUGUAUUGUGUUUUUGUCUAAUGUAUUAGAAUUUGUACCCCUGUCUGAAUCUGUGUUGUCACCUUCUCAUCUACCUGGUCUUGGAUAUUUGGCUCCCUUUUAGCCACAAUAAUGGAUUUCAAAACCUGAAAAUAAUGGGUAACUAUGUUGUUUGAUUAGCACUCAGGGGCGUGUCAUUUACAUA